ACGCGAGAAUUACCCAUGGCUUAAUUGCAAAUACAAUGGAAAAUCAAAGAGACGGAGGGAGUCUGUUUAAAUUAAAUUUCCUUGUAUACUGGAUGACCUUCUUUGCAGAAAUUACAAAGGCAACACUUGCAAAUGAUAGAUGUUUGCUCGGUGUAGAAGAUGUUGAGAAAAUAAAAAAUCUAGAUUGGUGCUCAUAUCUACUCGAAACAUUGCGCCGGACACGAGCGGGCUGGAAGAACUAUAAGAUACAGUUCGUGGGACCUGUUGCCUUUCUUACGCUUCUAUACACGCAUGAGUACAACAAAAAGCUUAACCUGUUUGAGAAAGCCGUGGAGAUACCGGUUAUUCGUUAUAUAACAUCUUCGGAGAUUGAUAAAGUCGAAGAUCAUAUUUCGGAUAACGGACCUCUAUGGAUAUCAAGUGAGAGUGAAGAAGAAGAAGAAAAUGAAGAAGAAAAUGAAGAAAAAAAUGAAGAAGAAGAUGGUCCUCUGGAGGAUGAUUAUACACUACGACCACCGGUUGACACAACGAUAUGCUACAAAAGAAGGACUGCGCGCGCAGUACAAAACGAAGAAACCGGGCAGAGCCAAAAGAUGACGAUAUCAUUGAUGAUUUCAUGGAUUUCAGUUUUGAAAUUCAUGAAAUGUCUCAGAUGAACAUUGACUUUGAAGUUGGAACGUAGACACAGAAAAUGAUGGAUUAUUACAACACUCCUGCUCAACUUUCACCAUCGGUAUUCUACGACACAGCCCACGAACAACAACUAGAGGCUUCGAGAGCAAACAAAAAGAAUCUGUUGAAAAAGAUGAAAGCAAAUGUCAAAAAAUACCUUAAAAUGGUUAAAGAUGUUCAAGAGAUGAACAACGUAGUGUCAGAAGCAAAAACUAAGUGUUUUUGGGAUUCGGAGGUUAUGAAGGCUUAUAAGGAGUGGGAUCAGACGCUUCAGAAUAAUCCCAUUUGUGUGCCACCUGAUCCGGUUCAAGAGCAUGAAACUGCAGCCUCUCCUGUUCAUCAAGAACCUGAAACCCCAGCUUGUGAAGUUCAUCAUGAAGUUACUACACACGAAGAAGGUAGAGAGGAUGAAGAAGCUCAAAAAGUAAUAUCAACAGUUUUGGUACAAAUGGCAUCAGAAGGUAUACUGCAACCAGAUGAUGGAGGAGUCACAGACACCCUUAUCGCAAACAUUCAAACUGUGGAACCGGGUCUCGAUUCAGAAGAUAAAGCACGUUUAGAACCGGUCGAUUUUCCCCUCACCGGAUUCUGUAAUGAAGUUGUAUUCCCAUCAGGGCAAAUCGCUUUCCCGGUGACUUUAUCAGAUGGCAAACAUUCACGAACAGUUACAGUCAAUUUCAUGGUCAUGCCAGCAACAUCACGUCAUGAUGUUUUGCUCGGAAGAAGGUCACAAAGAGAAUUCAGCAUGAUCACUUCCAUUCCACAUGCUGCUUGUGGAUUUCCGACAGAAACCGGAGUUGCAAUUCUCUAUUCAAUCAAAGAAGUCAUGUCUGUGGACGAUGAACCACCAGCAAAGGUAGUCAAAUCUUAG